GCCACGUAUGCAGCAACUUAAUGAGGACACGUGUCAAGGCAGCUACCUAAAACCACCAAACCAAAAGGGGUCUUCCAUUUAUGGCCAGAUCUCUUUGCCUUCAAUUGUUUCACCGAUUUCCUGAGAAAAGAAUGUGCAAUGAUAGAGAAGGGAAAGGUUUAAAGUUUAUUUAUGUUAUGGUAGUUCAGAGAUGAGUUCACGUGAAGAGUAUGUACCGUUGGUCCGUGAGGUUUGCGGGCAACAAUUUCAAGAAAAAGAUGCCAAACCAACUUGUUCAAUGUGAGAAACUUGAUUACUUGCUCUUCUAGGGUUUCUUGAGUGACCUCAAGCUGAAGCAGAUAUGGAAAUGUCUACUUUUAUAUAUUGCUGUUGGUAGAUCUGAAAGAUUCUAGAAGAAGGAAGCUUUUUACUUCUUAAAGAAUCGAAUCCUUUUGUUUAUGGAUCAAGGUCAGAGAAUUUCAAUAUGAUGGAGCCUCUGGUUUCGAGGUACUCUCUUAUCUUGCUCUUCUCUGUAAUUUCUUUUCUUCCACUUGGUAGAUCAGGCGAUGUAGAGGCUCUUUUGUCUCUGAAAUCGUCAAUAGAUCCUUUAAACACUCUUCCAUGGAAAAGAAGCGAUGUUUGCAAAUGGGAAGGGGUCAAGGAGUGUAUGAACGGAAGAGUAACCAAACUUGUUCUAGAGUACUUGAAUUUGAGUGGUACAUUAGAUGAGAAAAGUCUGAAUGAGUUAGACCAGCUUCGCGUAUUGAGUUUCAAAGGUAACUCAAUUUCAGGUCAAAUCCCAAACCUUUUUGGCCUUGUUAAUCUAAAAUCUUUUUUUCUAAAUGACAACAAUUUCUCUGGUAAAUUCCCGGAGUCCCUUUCAAGCCUACACCGUUUAAAAGUCAUAGUUUUGGCCAAUAACCAGAUCUCCGGUCCCAUUCCUUUAUCCCUCUUAAAUCUCACUCGAUUGUAUAUGCUUUAUUUGCAAGAUAAUAACUUCACCGGAACAAUCCCUCCGUUCAACCAAACUAAUCUCAGACUCUUCAAUGUCUCCAACAAUCAACUUUCUGGUCAAGUUCCAUUAACCCCGGCUUUAGUUCGGUUCAAUAAGUCUUCAUUCUUGGGUAAUAUUGAUCUUUGCGGUAAACAAAUUCAAAUCCCUUGUAAAACUAAUGAACUUGGGCCUACAUUGAGUCCUUCUUUCCCUAUAACGCCAGGUUCAAAAUCAUCAUCAAAAAGGGUCAAAAUUAUAGCUGCAAGUGUAGUAGGUGGAUUUGUUGUCCUAUUAGUUUGUGUAUUAUUGUUAUGUUUGGGAUGGAGAUAUUGUAGAAAGGAAGCGGGUUCCGGCGAGUUGAGAAACAAAGGGGUUGUUGGUGUAGAAGGAAUAGAGAGAGAAGAGGGAACAGGAACAGGAACAGGAACAGGAACAGGAGGUGGAAAACAAGGAGGAUUUUCAUGGGAGGGUGAAGGAUUAGGGAGUUUGGUGUUCUGUGGAGCAGGAGAUGAGCAAAUGAAUUAUAGUUUAGAGGACUUGCUGAAAGCAUCUGCAGAGACGUUAGGAAGAGGUACAAUGGGUAGCACAUACAAGGCUGUAUUGGAAUCAGGAUUCAUUGUAACUGUUAAAAGGCUUAAAGAUGCAAGGUAUCCUAGAUUGGAGGAAUUCAGGAGGCAUAUGGACAUUGUUGGGAGAUUAAGGCACCCUAAUUUGGUUCCUCUUAGAGCUUAUUUCCAGGCCAAGGAGGAGAGACUUCUUGUCUAUGAUUAUUUCCCAAAUGGCAGUCUCUUUUCACUCAUUCACGGAACAAGAACUUCCGGUGGUGGAAAGCCUCUUCAUUGGACUUCAUGUCUCAAAAUAGCUGAAGACUUGGCCAGUGGACUGCUCUAUAUCCACCAGAACCCUGGACUAACCCACGGCAACUUGAAAUCCUCCAAUGUCUUAUUAGGUCCCGACUUUGAGUCAUGCUUAACAGAUUAUGGUCUCUCCUCAUUUCGCGAUCCGGACACACUGGAAGAAUCCAGUGCCGCGUCUCUCUUCUAUAGAGCCCCUGAAUGCCGCAGCGCCUGGAGACAACCCACUCAACAAGCUGAUAUUUACAGCUUCGGUGUCCUCCUUUUGGAGCUAUUAACUGGAAAAACUCCUUUCCAAGACCUUGUUCAGGAACAUGGUUCAGACAUUCCUAGAUGGGUGAGGUCUGUCCGGGAAGAAGAAACUGAGUCUGGGGAUGACCCUGCUUCGGGUAAUGAGGCAUCUGAGGAAAAACUUCAAGCUCUUUUGAAUGUUGCAAUGGCUUGUAUCUCACUUAAGCCUGAAGGUCGUCCAAUGAUGAGAGAGGUGUUGAAGAUGAUCAGAGAUGCAAGGGCAGAAGCUCAAAUCUCAUCCAACAGUAGUGAUCAUUCACCGGGGAGAUGGUCGGACACAGUUCAGAGCUUGCCUAGAGAAGAACAUUUGAGCAUUUGAGCGGUAAUAAAUUUGACUGCUUUAAUUUAAAUUUUUGAUUCUUUUCAAUUAGAUCUCAAUUGAUCUGCUCAGUAUUGUAGAGUCUGCCACUAGUGUAAAGUUUGAUUUUUCUUAUAUUUCGUGCUUUGAAGCUUGUUUUUAGUUGUAGAAGAUUGAACCACUUUGUCUAAUUUAAGAUUGAACCACUUUGUCUAA